AUCCUCCUCGCUGUGAUCUGAACAUACCGAUGUCGAAUACCGGCGCACCUCCUGUGAUUAUUGAUGACGGCUCUGAUACGUGCAAGGCUGGGUUCGCUGGCGAAGACAUUCCCCAUGUUGUGAUACCCACCGUCGUGGGCGUCGUGUCUCGUAAGAUGCAAGAACUCUCCCCUCCUGGGUACAAAACACAUUACGCAGGUGAUACAGCCCUCGCCAAACGUGGAUUCCUCAAGCUCCGCCACCCAAUCCACCAAGGCGUCUUCUCCAACUAUCCCACCGGCGCCGACACAAUGCCAUUCUUAUGGCACCAAGUCUUCGACAAGCUCUCCAUCCCGUCCGAGGAACGUCCCCUCCUGCUCACCGAGGCGCCCUACAACCCUAACGCCCGACGCGACCGCGAAAAGACGGCGGAGAUCAUGUUUGAGCAGUUUGGCGUCCCAUCGCUGUAUAUCGCGAAUCGAGCUGUAUUAGCAUUGUAUGCGGCUGGAAAGAAAACGGGCGUUGUGGUGGAUUCGGGUGCGGGGGUGACGAAUGUGGUGGUUGUUGUGGAUGAGGGGCGGGUGGUAGACUGUGAGGGUGUAACGAGGAGGCUGGAGGUUGCGGGGGAUGAAUUGACGGACUUUUUGGUUAGGGAGUUGAUGGAACGUGGGAUUUUGUUGACUACUAGGCAAGAGAGGAUGGUGGCGAAGGCGAUGAAGGAGAAGUUAUGUUAUGUUGCACUUGAUUAUGAGGGAGAGGUUGGGGAGGAAGGGAUCGAGGCGUCGUAUGAGCUUCCGGAUGGAGAGGCUAUUACUAUUGGCAAGGAACGAAUACGGAUACCUGAGGCGUUGUUUCGACCUUCUCUCGUUGGCCUUCCAGUGGAAGGCGUCCAUGAAAUGGUCUAUAACGCUAUUCAGAGCUGUCAUAUCGAGCAGCGCUCUCACCUCAACAACAACAACAACAUCGUUCUCUCCAGUGGUAGCAUGUCCUUUCCUGGAAUGGCCGAGCGCAUGCGGGCAGAGCUCGAGUCUCUAUCACUCUCCGCGCACAGUUCCGGGAACUUCGAUGUCUCGAUUGCGCCGCACGGAAGAUUCGCAGCUUGGGUGGGAGGGUCAAUUUUUGCCUCGACGAAUACUUUUCGGGAGAUGGGGUGCUCGAAGGGAAGGUUUGAAGAGGUUGGUGUUAGAGGAAUAUAUUAGGAUAUGGAUUCUGCUAUCAACUGAUCUACACUCUGAGAUGUUCCGAUUCUAUUACUACGAAAGAACGGGCCGUUC